AUGGCAGCUGUACUUCCUCGACCGACUGCUGGCAGUUUACUGGGUCGUCGCCGUAUUAGCAAUCCCCAAUACAGCCCCAGCAUGGUACCGUACAUGCCAACCUACGACAUGAAUCUCAAGAACCCAAUGGCACAGCAACAACAAGGCCAACUUCCAAUGUCCAACUCUCAUUUCAUUCCUAUCCAAACAGGCUCAGAGAUGGAUGCAAUGAUGGACAUCAACGCAUACUCACAACCCAGCAUGGUCCCCAACGCCAUGACAUAUCACAACACAAUGCCUAUGGACCAGUCAUACACGAAUUACCACAUGGCCAACACUUUCAAUGCAGGCAUGCCGGUCAUGCCUCUCGAGCCAAUGCCCCAAUGGCAGACCUAUGACCACAUGUCGAUGCAGCAGCCUCCUCUCCUAUCCCACAUGAGAAGCGAGAGCCAGUCGAGUAUUGAAAGCUGUCCUCCUCUGAUCAAGUCUGAGGACGAGCAAUCGCCCAUCCUCCCCAGCCAAGUCUUCUUCAGCAUUCCCACAUAUUCGUCCAUGCAAGCCGAUAACUCCAGCUUGGCUGGAUCAGACGACAUUCCCACCGUAGCCUCUUCCACCGACAUUGACGCAUUGAUGAAGGCUAUUCAAUCGAAAGUCACCAACGGAUCAGAGCAAGCAUCGCAACCAAUCCCUCGCGAGCAGCAGGUAGAAGCUUCAAGCCCGUCCAAACCUAGAAAGAGAUAUCAAUGUUCGAUGCCGGACUGCAACAAAUCAUUCUACCAAAAGACACAUCUUGAGAUUCACACACGGGCACACACUGGUGUCAAACCCUUCGUUUGCAAAGAGCCCAGUUGUGGUCAGCGUUUCUCACAACUCGGAAACCUCAAAACACAUGAGCGUCGUCACACUGGCGAGCGUCCGUAUAGCUGCGAGCUCUGCGGCAAGACGUUCGCUCAGCGCGGCAAUGUCAGAGCACACAAGAUUGUCCACACAGCAGCAAAGCCUUUCACAUGCCGUCUUGACGAGUGCAACAAGCAGUUCACUCAACUCGGCAACUUGAAGAGUCAUCAGAACAAGUUCCACCAAGAAACCAUUCGCAGACUUCGUCAAAUCUUCGAGAACUUGCACGAGGGUGACCAUGUCAGCUCGUGGGAGAAGGUCAUGUGGGAAUACUUUACCAGUCUCUACAAGAACUGCAACAAGGGUAUCAAAGGCAGAGGCAAGGACCGCCGCAUCAGCACCACCGGCCUCGGUCUCAAGUACGAGAAUGAAGACCUCGACAACAGACGCAACAGUUACGCCAGCGUCAGCUCUGUAUCAAGCGGAUACAGCAUGGCAAACGGCAUGGAGCACCUGAACAUGGGUGUCCCAUCGUCAAUGCCCGAGCAACCAACAUUCAGCUCGCCCGUCUACAUGGUUCCGCAGGAGCACCGCGCAUCCUUCUGA